AUGACGGACGACUCCCGUCCGGCGCCUACCUUCCAGGGCCGUCUCCAACUGGAUAGCUUCAUGUUCAACGCCAGUGCGGCGACCGUCGGGCCACGACGUAGCCCCCGGCUCUCCACCAAUUCUUCAACGGCAGCCCGGCCGCCAGCAUCGUCGAAAAUCUCACCGGCACGCGCAAUCACUAAGCGCAAAGCUUCCACCCAGGCCGACGACAGCGUCGGCGCUGACGAUGACAUAGGAGACAUCUCUUCCCCCUCCUCCUCAUCAUCCACCGCCAGCCGUACCAAGCGCCCGCGCCAAAAGUCAGGCUACGCCCCCCCAUCGGUUUACGCCCAUCUUCCCCACCUACCUGACGCCAUCGCGCCAAAUCUCCUCAUCUUCUUCAUCGGCCUGAACCCAGGCAUCCAGACGGCGCGCACCGGUCAUGCCUAUGCGCACCCCACCAACCUCUUCUGGCGUCUUCUGCAUUCCUCCGGCAUCACGCCGCGCCUGGUCUCGCCGACCGAGGACCGGCAGAUGCCCGCGCUUUACUCGCUCGGCCUGACAAACAUUGUUUCCCGGCCGAGCCGCAACGGGGCGGAGCUGAGCAAGGCCGAGAUGGACGCGGGCGUAGCCAUCCUGGAAGAGAAAGUGCGGCGGUGGCGGCCCGAGGUGGUGUGCGUUGUUGGCAAGAGCAUCUGGGAGAGCAUGUGGCGCGUCAGGCACGGGCGGGCCAUCAAGGCGAGCGAGUUCCGCUAUGGGUGGCAGGACGAGAAGGAGAACAUGGGGCUUGUCGAGGGCGUGGUGCAGAAAGAGGAGGAGAAGGAGGAAGGGGUUGUUUAUGGCGCGGAUUGGAAGGGGGCGAGGAUAUUUGUGGCGACGAGUACUAGUGGGUUGGCGGCCACGUUGAAGCCUAAGGAGAAGGAGGAGAUUUGGAAGGAGUUGGGAGAGUGGACUGUGAAGAGGAGGGCUGAAAGGGCGGCCGCUACGGCUGCUGCCGUGAUGGUGGAAAGGAACUGA